AUGGAUCAGGUCCCAACUCUGGACAAUCUGGGCACGGUACCCCAAUCUCUCUUUACAGGCUCAGUAGCCAUCUUGGCAAUUGCAUGGGUCUCAGCAGUUCUGCGAAUCUACGUUCGCAGCUUCAUGAUGAGAUCUUUUGGAAGGGACGAUUGGACCAUCAUACUUGCUAUUACAGCCUUUACAGUACAAUGCGGGUAUAUCAUAAAUGUUACUCGGAUGGAACUGCAACCACAAAAGUACAACAACGUCAGUGGCAUCUCUACCCUGGUCACAGAUAUUAUCGCCUUUUCCGGAUCCUACGCCAUCACUGGAGUCUUCUUGAAGAUCUCUUUGGGCUUCUUUUUCCUACGCAUCAUCAUUGAACCCUGGCAGAGAAUAGUCAUCUACAUCUGCAUGGCCGUCAGCACCGUCUUCGGCCUAGUCUACUUCGGCAUCAUCACCUUUGGCUGCGGAGACCCAAAAGAAUACCUCAUACACACUGUCGAAAACAAAUGCAUAUCAGUCACGGGAGUUGUUAUUCCUGCCACCUAUGUGCACACCGCUCUAAAUGCAGCGACAGACUGGAUCAUGGCUCUGCUACCUAUCCUCACCAUCUGGAAACUCAGCAUGCCCCGCAUCACAAAGUUUUGGGCAUAUCUGUUGCUCGCGUUGGGAGCAGCAGGGAGCAUUGUUUCGCUUAUUCGAUUCGGCUACGUCGAAGGUAUUCGUCCUGGAAAACACUUCUUCAAGCAAAGCGCAAAGUUCGCCCUUUACAGUGUCUUCGAACCUGGUCUUGGUAUCGCCGCCGUCAAUUUCGCAACCCUCAGACCACUGUUCAAGAAGUGUCUUGAAGGGGCAAAGUCGGUAUCUUAUUCUCAGGGCAGCCGUGGUCACGGCAGCAGAAAAACUCCUUCGAUGGUGCCGGAUAUUCAACUCAAGGGACUGCCUUUGUCUAGAUCUCGUCCUGGCGAUGGGUUCCGUACUUUUGAUUCAUCAGCAGACGAUGACUCUCGAGGCUGGACUGAAAUCUCCAUCUCGACUCAGGAUUUGGAGAAGGCACAGAAUACCAGGUGGCCACAGAGCUCCCGACCGUUUUGA